AGGAGGAGGUGAAAGGCUGGAAGGUGGAGAACAGAAUGAACGGUUCGGGAAAGGGGAAGGAUGCGGAUUAUGGUAGCCCGCCCGCCGGCCAGCCUGCCUACCGACGGUGGUUUCGGUCGUUUGGCGUGAGGAUGUGUGGCGAAAACGACGUGGGCCCUGCGGUUUGUUGAUACACGGCGCACAGAGGGAAAGCCUGCAAUUUACGCGUCGCCUCAAAUGAUCAGUGACACCGAGAGUUGCCUGGCUUAACUAUGAGGGCGAUUUGAUUUACGGCGUAGGCUAUUUUGAAUGUACAUGUUACUUCGUCGUCGUCUAAAAUUGUUCUCUUCUCAACAAGUUAAUGUCAAGAAAACCCGUCCCUCUUGAUAUUUGAGGUUCAACUGCCAACAUGUUUUUAGCCGUCAUUUUAGCAUCAUCGCCACCUGAUCUCCUGUGCUCUCCCGCUGCCGCCUGGACGUCAAACUGAACAGAGCGCCGCAAAGACAAAAACCGAACCUACCAAAAAUUACAACUUCACCGUGUUUCAAGAUGGAGCCGUCGACGAUACAGCCUCGCCGGUUGACAAAGCUGUUUAUAUGGACGACUUUGUGCUGGCUCAGCAGAGGACAGUCCGCGCCGGACGCCUCGGGCCUGCCUCGAGCCAUCCGCGUGCCACUGCGGCAAGGCGCUCGCGCUGAGCAGUCGCCGUCGCAGCCACCUGCCGCCGCAGCCGCUGCCUUGAAGGGCGAGCGCGGCUACACGGGGAGGUACCCGGCGCGCAGGCGGAGAGGUGCGGCGGCGAGCGGUGUCAGCUUCGUGGACAUGAUUGACAACCUGCGUGGGAAGUCCGGACAGGGAUACUACGUGGAGAUGGCCGUGGGAUCUCCUGCGCAGAAGUUGAACAUCUUGGUGGAUACUGGAAGCAGUAACUUUGCUGUCGGGGCGGCUGCUCAUCCCUUUCUGCGCAGAUAUUACCAUCGUUCACUCUCCAGUUCAUACCGUGACCUUGGUAGGAGUGUGUACGUUCCUUAUACCCAGGGUCGCUGGGAAGGGGAGCUGGGCAGCGACCUGGUCUCUGUCCCACAUGGCCCCAACACCACACUCCGUGCCAACAUUGCUGCAAUCACCCAGUCAGAUCGCUUCUUUAUCAAUGGAUCCAACUGGGAGGGAAUCCUGGGACUGGCCUACGCUGAUAUAGCCCGGCCUGACGAGACAUUGGAGCCUUUCUUUGACUCUCUGGUUCGUCAGACUCCUGUCCCCAACCUCUUCUCUCUCCAGCUGUGUGGAGCCGGCUUCACCCAAAACUACUCCCUGGGCAGUGCUACUGUCGGCGGUAGCAUGAUCAUUGGAGGAGUGGAUACAUCACUGUUCGUAGGAGAGCUUUGGUACACUCCCAUCCGCAGGGAAUGGUACUAUGAGGUCAUUAUCGUGCGCAUUGAGGUAAAUGGACAGGACCUCAGUAUGGACUGUAAAGAGUACAACUAUGAUAAGAGUAUUGUGGACAGCGGCACCACCAACCUUCGGCUGCCUAGAAAAGUCUUCCAGGCUGCAGUCAAGGCUAUUGAGGCAGCCUCUUCGACAGAACAGUUUCCCUCUGGGUUCUGGCUGGGGGAGCAGCUGGUAUGCUGGCAGGCUGGCACUACACCCUGGCACAUCUUCCCAGUCAUCUCCCUCUACCUGAUGAGUGAAAACCGCAACCAGUCCUUCAGAAUCUCCAUCCUGCCACAGCAAUAUCUGCGACCAGUGGAGGAUGUGGCUUCAGACCAGGAGGACUGCUAUAAGUUUGCCGUAUCCCAGUCUAGCACUGGUACAGUCAUGGGGGCUGUCAUCAUGGAAGGCUUCUAUGUGGUCUUCGACCGUGAGAAGAAACGCAUCGGCUUUGCUGUUAGCACCUGCCAUGUGCACGACGAGUUUCGCACAGCCUCUGUGAAGGGCCCGUUCCACGGCGUCGACCUGGAGGACUGCGGCUACAACAUCCCUCAGACGGACGAGUCCACUCUUAUGACCAUCGCCUACAUCAUGGCAGGAAUCUGCGCUCUCUUCAUGCUGCCGCUGUGUCUCAUGGUGUGCCAGUGGCGCUUUGCCCGCUGCCUCCACCCACACGGGGACUUUGCUGAUGACAUAUCGCUCCUAAAGUGAAGGCGGAGAAGUGGGAGGCAAAGGGGGUCACAGAGACCUACACUUGAAACACAGGACAGAAAUGGAUUGUGGUGGGACGGAUGUAUGAUGUUACAAAAUAUUGGUGCUGUUGAUGGAGAGCUUUGAAAAGGUUUUUCAGGAAUAUAAUGUAUAAAGUUUAGAACAUGCUGACUUACAGCAUGUGAGGAUAACUAGAGCCAUUACUAGCCUGAAGGACAAACAAGAGAAAGUUGAUGUCAUCAGCAUCAACUUUGACUGGUUAAGCUAUCUAUGCAGAACAGCAUGGUUAGAGGAACAGACGUGGGAAAACAAAGUCAAAUACAAAACAAAAAAUCUUGUCUUUUAUAUAAAUAGUGUAUAAAUAGACCACAAAGAAGGAUUGGAUUUGGAAUUUUGAAAAAUGUGUCUCUUAACAUUGCAGAGUGAUUUGGGAUUUGGGGAAAAUUAAUGAGCAAACAAAUAAUUUACAAACAUGGCUAAAUGAAGAAACUCACAAUCUGGAUGUGAAUACAAGAUGUGAAACCAUGGUGUUUUCGAAUGUGUUUUUGCUUUGGUGUGAUAGAUCUAUGUUUGUGGCUUGUGAGUGAAUGAAGUUGAUGUGUAUGAGCAUGCCUGUAUGUGUGCACAGCUGUACUGUAACUGAAGAGUAUACAGAAAGAUUUACUGAAAAUGAAGAUGAUAAUUAUGAAGAUGAAAAAUUAUACUUACAUCUAUGAAAUUACACUAUUUUGCAGCAAAGAAUUCUGCAAUGCAAUUCAAGAAAGAAUAAAGAGGCUUAUUUGAUAAAAUAUCAAAUUAGCUUCUUUAUUGUAGCAUUUACUGUACACAAUCAGUUUCACUUAGUGUGAAACUGAGACUGGAGCACAGUCAAUAUCAGAUGUCACUUUUUCUUCUUAUAUUGAUGGCUUAAAUCUAUUGUACAGAGAAUGUGUGCAUUCCAGAUCUUCUAUUUGCGCAGGCACACACACACAGAAUACACAUUGCUAAUCCUGCUGCUGCACCAUCUGAUGAUUUGCACAUGUAACAACACAUUACAUGUUAACAAACCAAGACUUAAUAGGGCUUCUUUCACAGCCACAGAAACAGCCUAACUCACCACAUCUUUCAGUGGGGACAAUAUAUGCUUGGACAAGGUAACCAGCCCAAAGUAUGUUAUACACUAAAGAACACUAUGUAUGUCUACAAGGGACAGUUUGCAUUGUCUCUCAGAAAGCUGUAAAUAGUUAAACCCGAAACUGUAUAUUUAUCUGUCAGGCGCUGGCAGCACUGUUGAA